AUGAAUGCGGGCCCAGAACGUCGGAUCUUGAACUUAUAUGCUGCCCUUUCUGCAGCCAAUAUCAUGAGUUAUAAUCUCCGACAUCGAGAUUUGAGAGUGAGCACCAUGAUUGGGAAGGAUUUGGCCGCCGUAGGUUUCAUCAACGAUGGAAAAAGCGAUGGCCGAAAAGGUGGCUUGGGAAUGGAGAAUCGGAUUUCUGUCGGAGAUCCGAUCUCGGGUGGGAACAUCGAUUCCCGACGUCCUGCUGGAAUGUCAUCGAAAGAUGACUCAGCAUUUUAUUUUAUUUUCGCGUUUUAUCAUUUGGGAUGA